GCCGGCGCCGCGGGUUGAGGUGAACGCGCGCGGGCUGGACAGGCCUGGCCGCGGCAGCCCGGGGUCUGGCCUGGCGCCGCCCGCGUCCGCGCCGGACUCGGCCGGAACUCCAGGAGCGGCGGUCGGGCCGGCGGACGCGCGCCCGAGUGCCCGGGAGCGCGCGCGGGGACGCGCAUCACUGUCACUCCCCCUCCGGUGUCCCUGUGAGAGGCUCUGUGAAGACCUGGUUCUCCCGGGGACAACUCCGUCCCAGAAGCACAUCACCUAAAAGGGUUUGCCAAGCCAGACGAUGCCCGUGGAGCUGGGGCAGGCUCCCGUCCUGCUGCCGCCACUGGCCAAGGCCGAGGCGUCCGUGUUCUCUGGACCAGAUGCCAGCCCUCGAGGGGAGCCCUCCAGCUCGGAGACCGCACGCCAGCUUUUCAGGCAGUUUCCUUACCAGGUGAUGUCCGGGCCCCACGAAACCCUGAGACAACUUCGGAAGCUCUGUUCCCAGUGGCUGCAGCCAGAGGUUCACACCAAGGAGCAGAUCCUAGAGAUCCUGACGUUGGAGCAGUUCCUGACCAUCCUGCCCGGGGAGAUCCAGAUGUGGGUGCGGAAGCAGUGUCCAGGCAGCGGGGAGGAAGCAGUGACCCUUGUGGAGAGCUUGAGGGGGGACCCCCAGAAGCUGUGGCAGUGGAUCAGCAUCCAAGUUCUGGGACAGGAAGUCUUAUCACAGAAGGUGGAGCCUGAAAGCUGCCCACUGGGGGAAGCGGAGGCCCAUGUUGAAGUGCCUCGGGAGCUGGGGCUUCAGAACUCAGCCUGCCCGUCUGGGGAGCCACCGAGCCACAUCGUGAAAGAGGAGUCCGACUCGGAGCAAGGACUAGCCCUGGCUGCCUCCCCACUUCCUGCCCGACCGGAGGAAAGGCUCAUCAGAGACCAAGACUUUGGAGCCUCCCUUCUCCACACAGCACCUCAGGAGCAGUGGAGGCGCCUGGAUUCCACUCAAAAGGAGCGAUACUGGGAUCUCAUGCUGGAGACUUAUGGGAAAAUGGUCUCAGGAGGCAUUUCCAAUCCCAAGCAUGACCUGACUGACCCAGCUGGGUUUGGGACAGAGCUGACAGGACCACACCUACACAGCAGCGAGAAGACCCCGAGACCCACCUGCACAGGGGACAGACAGGAGAAUGACAAAGAGAACUUGAACUUGGAGAACUACAGGGACCAGGACCCUCAAGCCUCAGGAGAGCCUCCUCAGAUCUCCUUGAGUGGCCUCUUCAGCAAAGAUGAGCCGAGAUGCUUGGCAGAAGGAGAGAAUCUCCCUGAGGCCCAGGAGAACCUUCAUGGUGAGGGGACAGGGGCACAGCUCUCUCCCCGAGAGAGGAAUUCCGGGACACAGCUGGGUCAGCAUCUGCCACGUCUUCCCGGUGAGCCAUCCACGCCGUGGCUGGAGGGGAAGAGAGAGGCCUCCCCGCGACAGCAGCCGAGAGCCCCCAUGGCCCAGAGACUCCCUACCUGCAGGGAAUGUGGGAAAGCCUUCUACCGGAAUUCCCAGCUGGAUUUUCACCAAAGAACUCACGCAGGAGAGACGUACUUUCAGUGCCCCACCUGCAAAAAAGCCUUUCUGCGGAGUUCAAACUUCGUGAAGCAUCAGCGAAUCCACACGGGCGAGAAGCCCUGCAAGUGUGAUACGUGUGGGAAGGGCUUUAGUGACUUCUCGGGGCUGCGCCACCACGAGAAAAUCCACACGGGGGAGAAGCCCUAUAAGUGCCCCAUCUGUGAGAAGAGUUUUAUUCAGAGAUCCAACUUUAAUAGGCAUCAGAGGGUUCACACAGGAGAGAAACCCUAUAGGUGCUCCCGCUGUGGGAAAAGUUUCAGCUGGAGCUCAAGCCUUGCCAAACAUCAAAGAUCCCAUUUGGGAAAGAAGCCCUUUCAAUAGCCAAGCUCUCUGAGCCCAUGUCUGUCUCCCGGUCCAUUUAAAAAUACUUGGCGGGCUUCCCUGGUUGCGCAGUGGUUAACAAUCUGCCUGCCAAUGCAGGCGACACGGGUUCAAGCCCUGGUCCGGGAAGAUCCCAUAUGCCACGGAGCAACUAAGCCCAUGCGCCACAACUACUGAGCCGGCAUUCUAGAGCCUGCGACCCACAACUACUGAAGCCCGUGCGCCUAGACCCCAUGCUCCGCAACAAGAGAAGCCACUGCAGUGAGAAGCCCGCGCACUACAAUGCGGAGUAGCCCCUGCUCGCCGCAUCUA